ACACGGGUCAUCUGCUCGUGAAGUCAAUCGGACUGCAGAGCUCGUGGAUACACCCGCUCCCCCCCCGGGUCCUCCAUGAGGCAUCCUGCCCUUCUUUCAUUGGCUCAGAGUCCAGCACGCGCCGCACGUGCCUGACGCUGACUCUCCGGUCCCCGUCAGCGACACGGUAACUUUGAACGGGUUUUAACGGAAGACACACAGUAAGUCAACGCAUUUCUGUGCACCAAGAACAGGAUCAGAGGGGUAGAAGUGUCGAAGAACUAAAAAAAGAAAAAAAAAAAAGGAGUCAAAAGAGGAAACGGACGUUACACGUCAUCACGUGGCCAGUGCGCGGCCCCGCCACUCUUGAGUAAACAAGUCGCUCCUGAGCCGAAAUGGCGAACGCGUGGCGCGCGACCCUUCGCACUUCCUGAACGUCGGUGCAUCGCCGCGCUGCGAUUGGCUGACGUGGCAGCGUUGCCCUGGCGACGGCGGCGGGAGGAAGGGGGUGGUCCUCGCGGCGCUGCUUUGUGACAGUGGAGCGAGGCGGGCAGCUGCGCGGACGGGUCCCAGCGGCGCUCCGGAACGGGCAUGCCAUGCACGAGCCCCCUCUUGGUUUGAUGGGCCCGAGCAUCGGGAUGUCGCCAGAUAAGAAAGCGGGAACGGCGCAGGAGGAGCGGGUGGCACGCGGGGGCCUGGCCUUAGGGCCAGUCACACUCCCCGAGGCGCGGAGCGCCGCUGCCAGCCCCUGUCCCACCAGUCUGGAUGGGGUGGGCGGGGCCAACAGUGAUGAUGAGGAGCUCACCAACCUCAACUGGCUCAAUGAGAACCUGCUGCAGAAGUUCCCCCUGGGCGGAGUCGAGGCAUCAGCUGCCAGCGGCUCCCUGUUCGACAUUGAGGGCGAGUCCAGGUCUCCACGCGUCCUUGCAUCCGCGGCGUCUUCCUCGUCCGUCUCUCCAUCCUCCUUGCUACUGGGGGGCCAUGACAAGGGCAAGGACCUGCUCAAGUCCAAACCUCCCUUCUCCUUCUCCUUACUCAUCUACAUGGCCAUCGAGCAGUCACCCGGCAAGUCCCUCCCCGUCAAGGAUAUUUACGGCUGGAUUCAGAAGCAUUUCCCGUACUUCUCCAACGCCCCUGCUGGUUGGAAGAACUCAGUACGGCACAACCUCUCCCUCAACAAGUGCUUCCGCAAGGUGGACAAGAGCCUGGCCAAGCCAAGCGGAAAGGGGUCCCUGUGGUGUGUGGAUCCCGAGCACCGGCCUUACCUGCUCCAGGCCCUGAAGAAGCAGCACUUCCCUCCAGUCAAUGCUUUCCGCACUCCCCCAGCCUCCCCACCUAGCGCCUCUUCGCCUCCCCGUCACCUUGUCCUGCGGGAACAGACCUGCCCCAUAAAAGACUCUGACAUUGAUGCUGCCGCUGCCAUGAUGCUGUUAAACUCCGCCCCUGAGCUCCAUGCUGACCGAUACGAGCAGGAUGGCCCCAUUGACCUGUCCUGCAGGAACCUGGUUCUGGAUAGUGGCGGGGACCCGAAGCAGGACCACACGUACAGCAGCCUCCCUUCGCUGCGGCGGGUGCCUCGCUCUGGCUCCGCCCCCCUACCCUCCCACUCCCCGCGGGCCCACCGCGCCGGCAGCGAGGGCUUCCACAGCGAUGAAGACUCCGAACCAGAUGCGGGGGAGGAUGGGGCUGCUGUGACAAAGAGGGUGGGGCAUUCCUGCCCUCCAAGGGCCACGCCUACCCUGGGGAAGAGGGUGUGGCACGAGCCCAGAGUCGAGGUGGACGAGGAGCUGAAGGAGGCUGCGGGGUCCUUGCUGCACCUGGCCGGCCUCUCCUCCGAAGGCGAGACCACCUGUUAUAGUGCCAAGAGCGCCAAGCACAACAGGAAGUAGACAUCUCUGACCUUUGCCCCCAGACCUCCCUCUCCUCCUGGCAGUGUUGUCUUCAUUUUUCUAUACGUUAAAACUGAUGCUUCCCAGAGUCUGACACACGUGGCAAUAUAUUUGUUCAAACUGGUGGAAUAAGCCAUAAAAGGAAAGAUGCAUGGUUUCUGAUUGGGUGCUGGAGGAUCGAAGUGGAAAAACUGGAAAGUGUUUGGUGAGAUGAGGAGUUGCAUGGUCCCCAUCUGGAAGGAGGGGGCGUCGGGCACGGAUGACGAAGUAGGUUCUAGUCUGCUACUGCAGCUCUCGGAAGCCCUGGUCAGGGUGGAAAUUGAAUCAAACCUUAUGAGCUUGGUGAUGAGAUUCAAAGGAGGAAAAAAAUGCAAUAACAGCCUUUAAGGCAUGUAAAUAUAUAUUAUUUUUGUAUCGCUGUUUGCAUGUUGACCCUGUGGUGGGUGUUGAACUGGUGCCCAGCUGUGGGAGACACAGUUUGAUAUUUCUCUUCCUUUGCUCACAUCUGCCCUGCGGUGGGGCAGAUACUGGGUUUGUUCUGGGUGUGUGAGGUUUGGGGGUACGAGGCCUGCGACCUGGAGGGGCCGGAGGAGGGAAAGGCUGGAAAGGGUACAAAAUGGCCACAGUAAAUAUCCAGUCACCCUCCGGAGCCUCCUGUCCCUCCUCCCCCCUAUUUGUUCUGUUUUUAUUAGUGUCCUUAUGGUAAUUCGGUUCUGAUGCCUUCCGCAUGUUUGGAUUUCAGGUCACGUUUGGUUUCCGGGAGUCAGUGGUGCUGGCUGUCCAGAAUUCCACACUGCAAACUCAAGUGUUCAGAGCUUCUGGGUGUUUCUGUUAAGAGUCUAUGCAAGGUGCACAGCUGAAGAGGGAGGGGUGGGGAGGGGGAUGGCCACGCCCACAUCAGACUUUGUGCACCUGCUUGUGCUCAGGUCGCGUGAUUUGGGUUGUGAUUGGUCGCAGAUCUCCCCAUCCCUUCCUCGACGACACAUGUAGCCCGCCUCCCCUGGAGGUUUCCUCACUGCCAUCGAGCAGAGCCACCGCUCACUUCCAUACAGUAUUUAUUUAUCUCAUCCUGGUUUGUUGCCAUAGAAACUGUUGGGGUGGAGUGGGGGGUCGUCAGGCCGCUUAGCUGUGAACACGCUCGUUGUUCCUGUCUGCGAGUCGGGACGUGCAAAAGAGGUGCAGUAACCGCGGGAGCGACGCUCGGAGCGGCUUCACGUGGGCGAGUUCACAAAUUCCUCCCUUUCGCGGGUAUCUGUAGGGGGCGUCGCUGGCCGCUGUGGGUGGGGUCGCAUCCCGGGGACGAAGGCACCAGGUCUUCCAUUCAGUUCUGCACAGUAUUCACAAAGUUAUGUUUACGGGCCGUUUGGUUGUUCACGGUGACAGAGCUUGUAUGUUAUUUGCCUAUUAUUGAGAUUUGAUUAUAAGAGCUUAAUUUGGACUUUUAUUUGUUCCCAAAGCUGCCAAUUCAUUGCACUCAAGCGGUGCGCCAGUUUUAUGAGUUUUCUAUGCCAGCCUCUGUUAACAAAAUGUUUAUAAAGUUUUAUUUUUGCCAAAGAUAUGCAACUGCGUUAUAAGGUAUUACU